CUCCUAACAGUCUUGUAAGCUCACCAAACAACGAAGCUUCUGGAGUUUUCUACAAUACACAACCUACUCAAAAUAGCAACACAAAUGAUCUGGCACACGACACGCAGCCCUUACUGGGCAUGAUUAAGCGCCUCUCAACCGAACUUGCAGAAGCCCGUGCAGAGAUAGCCAGUUUACGUCAAAGUGACCCAGCUUCAAGAACAAGCGACACAGCAAUCUACGAAUAUGAACCAGCCUAACCAUCACGAAGACGACAAACAUCUCAGUUCCGAAGAUUUUCCUGCACUGCCCUCCCAAACGCCUCCAUGGCAUAGCCCUCAGCGUAUUUCCCAAAUCAAGCGUAGCCUUGCGGAGCAUGAACAACAACGUCGAUUGCAACGGCAAGAAGCAGCCGCACGCCUCCUACAGCCACCACCUGAGAAUCAAGGAUUUCAAUACGUAUACUUACCAAUUAAAGCACGAGAUCCUAUCGGCCAGGUUCGUACUCGUUUGAGAAAACUCGAUAUUACGAACAACCGCAUAUUAAAUAUACACUAUCCAGACCGCAAUUUUGUUGCGUUACUUGUGCAUAAUGAUUAUGUGAAUGAGCUUCGUAAACAAUUGGAACGCUUUAAAGUUACCUUUAAGGAUAAUUUUGACCCUUGUGGUUCCAAACUCUUGCGAGAUCCUAAAUAUACUGAUCUUUCACCUGAAGAAAGAGCCAAUUUCGCCCUCAUGUAUCACAGUAACCGUAUGGCACGCGCCCUGGACUACAUUCGCGCCCCCAUCAAGCACGCUGUUGCUCGUUUCUUCUACUCUAAAGGAUGGAUCAGUAAAACAAUUUUACAAGGAACCUUAUCUAGCAGUCGUAAGUAUCCGACCAAGCUGCCGGCAUCUUUUAAUCUGAUGAUGUCUCCAUGGACAACGCGGAUGACUUAUUCCACGAAUCUAUCAAUACCGACACUAACUCUACAAGGGAAGCUAUUACCAUAG